AUGUGUGGUUAUCAUGGCCAUUAUGCCGAUGAAGCAAUGAUUCACUUUGACAACAGUCAUUUCCACUCAGAAUCAAAAACAAAUAAUAGAAAAAGAAGAAAGGAAGCUGGUCGUAUUGUACAGAAAAAUAUUGAUAAUGGUCAAAUAAGUAAUAGUAAUAGUACACUCGGUGAUGAUGAUAAAACAACAGAUAAUGAUGAGCAAAGAGGUGAUUACUACCAUGAAACAAAUCCUGCUGAUCAAUCAACAACUCAAGAUAAUGAAACAAUUACUGAUAGUGAUGAACGUAUUACUGAUAAUAUUGAUACAACAUCAAGUAGUGAUGAAUCAUCAGAUGAUAGUGAUGAUGAAACAAAUAAUAUGGACAACCAGGAAACACUUCUUAAUCAUGACACAACAACAAAUGAAGAUCUGAAAAAGAAUGAUGACACGAAUGAUGAAAAAUAUGGUUAUUAUAAUCCAAAAGACAGAAGAAGAUGGAAAGAACAAGAUUAA